AUGAAAAGUAUCGCCACAGACAUAGGCGUAAACUAUAGUCGAACCAAUGCUCCCCCUGAUAUCUUGGACACUUGGAUUUUUAUUAAAAAACUCGGCUCAAUAGAAUUACAAGAGGUGAAUAAACUAGCUGUCCGUGUCGAUUACUAUGGAGAAACUAUGAAACUAAGCGAGUUAGACGGAAUAAUGGACAAGGUCAACUGGACACAAUACUUGCUCCAUGUAGCGCCGUCGGCCACUCACGGCUAUGUACUUAAUGAUCCAUUGGUCGCAAUUCUGGGACGUGAAUACCUGGAGCAGUUAAACCAGCUUCUCAACGAAACCUCACCGAGGAUCAUAACAAAUUAUGUAAUGGUCCACUAUAUCAUGUCGUGGCUGCCAUGGAUUGGAAAGAAAUACAGCGAUUUAUUGAACUUCCUCUCUUCUCCAUUUGGCAAUCCCACAUCGUCGUGGAAUAGGAGUGAAGUGUGCUUCCAACUAACUGAGAACUACUACAAAGUACCGUUGUUGGUCACUGUAUGCACGUUCCAGGUUAACAGAGGUCAGAAAUUC